AUUGAAUGUUGGUAGAACGUGGGACAGAUUCCAUAGCCAAUUAGGUUAGCUGCCAGCAGGCAAGUUCAACUCAAACUCGGACGGUCAAAGUGAAGACGCGUAUUCCUCCUAACGCCAACAGCGAUUCCAACUCCUCUCUUCCUGAAUUGGGUUGAUUUCUCUGCGGCCGGCGGGCGGCUGGGCGGGCAAGCGCUUCUGUUUUUUCUUCCAACCGGAAGACAGAUAUCUGUCCUUCCCGAAACCCUAGCAGGCUAGCACCGAUCUAUCCGCUUCAACUCUCCGCGUAGAUUUGAAUCGCCGGGAGGAGAAAGGGGAGAGGCGGUGGAGAUGAAGCAGGAUGGAGGGUUUGUGUCCGAUGAAUUGUUGGGUACGUUCGUUCCCAUAGUGGUGUAUUGGUUGUAUUCAGGUCUAUAUCUGAUGCUCGGAGGAUGGGAGAAUUACAGGCUGCAUUCUAAGAAGGAUGAAGACCAGAAGAAUUUGGUCUCCAAGAAAGAUGUCGUCAAAGGUGUCCUCCUCCAGCAGGCCGUGCAAGCUUUCGUUGCCACCAUCCUCUUUGCGGUGACGGGCAGUGACAGUGUGGAAGCUACAGAGCAGCAGACAUCACUCCUUGUUCUUGCUCGUCAAUUUAUUAUCGCAAUGGCAGUAUUAGACACAUGGCAAUACUUCAUGCACAGGUACAUGCAUCAAAACAAGUUCCUCUACAAACACAUUCACUCCCAACACCACCGUCUCGUGGUCCCCUAUGCUUUUGGGGCUCUGUACAACCACCCACUCGAGGGCCUGAUCCUCGACACUAUUGGUGGCGCUUUGGCCUUCCUUGCCUCAGGUAUGUCCCCGCGCACCUCGACCUUUUUCUUCUCUUUUGCCACCAUCAAGACUGUCGACGACCACUGUGGGCUGUGGUUGCCGGGGAAUCUUUUCCACAUCUUUUUCAACAACAACUCUGCUUACCACGACAUUCAUCACCAGCUUUUUGGGACAAAGUAUAAUUACUCCCAGCCGUUCUUUGUGACCUGGGACAGAUUACUUGGGACCUACAUGCCGUACACGAUAGAGCCAAGGGAGGGUGGGGGUUUUGAAGCUAGGCCUCCUACUACUAGCAAGGAUUGCAAGGAGAAUUGACUGAAUUUGGUUGUUACAUUUAUUGCUAUGUAUUCCUUUUCUAGUUACAGAUUUUGUGUGGCCACACAAUUUUGUGCUUUUUAUUUGUUCAAUGUUUAGUGACAUUAUUUGUACAUAUCUAUGUGUUCGCAUAUGUUGUAUAAUGAGUUGCUUUAGCAUAACACAACAAGAAAACAAGAAAAAAAACAAGUAUUCGUGUUUAAUAAAUGGUUUUAGUUUGCAAAUAUUCAUAUGUGAUGUGUUUGCUUCAUUCAUCUGUAGAUGGUUACGUAGCAAAGCAAACGAACUUUUUAGACGUUUGUUGGUUAAAGAUGAUUAUUUUCUUC